AUGAGCUCCCACCAUAAAGUCAAGAUCGCAGCUCGCAUUCGCCCACCUCUUGCUGGAGAGCAACAGGACGAUGGUGUAUAUGUCAAACAUGGCCAACCACCGCGGCUCUGUGUCACUCAUCCUCGCGAACCAACGAAGAACAUGGAGUAUCCACUGAACUCUUGUUACGAUCACGAGGCCACUCAAGAAGAAAUAUUUGCCAACGAUGUGCAACCGUUGAUCGAGGUUGUCUACGGUGGCUCGACCGUCACGGUAUUCGCGUAUGGUGUAACAUCCUCUGGCAAGACACAUACUAUGCAAGGCUCUGCUAGUCAACCGGGAGUCAUUCCGCGGACUGUAGAGGCACUUUUCGAACGCAGCAAGACCGCUACAGAACACAAAGUCACCAUUCAGAUGUCCUACUUCGAGAUCUACAAGGAUGAAUGCUACGAUCUUCUUGUUCCGCGUGACAAGGCCCCUAAGCUUCCUGUGCGAGAAGAUGCGACCGGACAAGUAGUUGUUGCCGGGCUGGAGAAGGUUUCCCUCGAAUCGAACACCGACUUUGCCCGUAUCUAUACCGCUGCGAACGAGCAGCGCUCAGUUGGAGCAACCAAUCUGAACCGCGAAUCUUCCCGCUCGCACGCCAUCUUGACCCUGGAGGUCAAGAUGCACAAUAUCAAUGAGACGAAAUUGCUCACCGGCAAAAUUCAUCUAGUCGACUUGGCGGGCUCCGAGAACAACAAGCGCACGGGAAAUGACCCUGCUCGCAUGCAAGAGUCCAAAGCCAUCAACACAUCUCUCAGCGUUCUUGGUCAGGUCGUCCAUGCCUUGAAUCGAGGGGAUACCCGCAUCCCGUACCGUAACGCGAAACUCACGCGCAUCCUGCAAGAUGCUUUGGGUGGUAAAUCCGUUGGUCUUCUCAUCUGCAACCUCGCGCCUGGUUCGAAGUUCAGACAAGAUACUUUCAAUACCCUUAACUUCGCAACUCGUACCAGCGUGAUCGAGAACAAACCGGUCAUUGAUGAGCAAGAUACGAAACCCGCGCCCAAGGCCCACUUCGCCGCACCACCGCCACCGGCUACUCGCCUCGCACCCCUUCCAUCGCUCCCUGCAUCAAAGAGCACUGCUGUUCAAGCUCGUCCUCAGACGUCGCGGCCACGCCCUUCGCUCAGCUUCUCUCGAGUCCAGACCCAGUCCCAGCCACAAGCCGGACCAUCGCGCGUUCCGCGAAAGUCGCACGCCGGGUUAUCCAAUCCCUAUCCUAAUGCGCAAGCUCGUAAGAGUGUCGGUCAUUCCCGUGGCUUGCCCCCUGUCGGGGAAGAGGACAUUGAUGAUAAGAUUGCGAAGGCGGUGGAAGCGGAGGUAGCGAAGCGCCUGGAGGUGGAGGUAGCCAAACGCAUCGCUGCUCUUGAGAAGCAACGGCAAGAGGACGAGAAAGAACGUUCCGCCAACGAGUCUGCCGACAGAGCUUCGACGACAGAGCUUUCUCUCACGAAAGAGUCUUCGUUACCGCCGGACAUGCUUGCACCGCUGCUGAAACGUCAUGAAGAUCUCGACGCCGAACUGCGCAGGAGGCUAGAGGAGCUCGAGACGAAAUACGAGCGUAAUAACAGUCAUGCUCAGGCGGCGCAGGGCCUUUCUCCGAUGUCUCGCAAGAAGACAGGGAGAGCCUACGUUUCGCUGGCUCGCGCUCACUCGGAGAAGGGUGACCUGCAGAUCGCUCUGGACCUCUACCGGAAGGCAGAAAGCUAUGUCCCUGACAACCUGAAAUUGAAGGAAAGGAUACUCGAGAUCGAGUGGUCCGUCAAGAACGGCAGGCCGUUUCAGCCUUCACCUAAGCGUCCAAGGAAGACCAAGACCAAGAAGACCAAGAAAGUUGUUCACGACGAGCAGCUUCUCACGGUCGAGUUGCCGACCCUUGCGGCCGACUCCGAUGCGCCUAGCGUCAAGGAUGACAGCGAGGACGAGAACACGGUCGAGAACAUCCUUCAACCGCCCGAUAUUGUCGUGCACUCUGCCGGUGGACGUGUCACACGCAGUAUGAAGGCUCGCUUCGGCACCGAGUCCACGAACAGUCCCGAGAAGCGUAGCAUGGACCAGAACGACGACGGCGAACAUACACCUCCGAAGCGUUCACGCCACGCCGAAGGUAAAGUCUUCCCGAUGAUGGCUAUCGUGGAAUGA